AUGUAUAAAAUACUAAUAUCUUUACUACUGGUGCUAUCCAUAGCCCACAAGUCGUGUCUAUCAUCAAACAUCAAAGGAUGUCGACUGAGAGAUUUAAUUGUUGUUUACAAAGCUUCUAGUCAACUGGAGACGAAGUUGCGGUCACUUAUUGGACAGUUCGGUAUGAGAGACCAUAAAUGGCCGGAGACUGAGGACGAGAUGCAGUUGUGGUGCAAGUCAUUACCUAAGGAGGGAUCGGCGGCUAAAUCCUACUCAAAGAAGUGUCUGAACGGCAUGUCCGGUACAAUAGUGUCGGUGUCUAUAUUUGCGGCCGACAAAGUAGGCCGGGGCUACUGUAAUAACAAACAGGAAAGGGCCGGUUAUAUUGCUAGAGGUCCGUGCGGUAAUAAAGCCAAGUCCGGUACCGCCCGGUGCUGGUCUAACCUGAUUAACGUCAUGUCAAAUAUCAAGAAUAUUGCAUUUUUCGAGUGGAGGGACUGUUCGAUAGAGGUGUACAACAAAGUAGGCGAGCCCGUGUGCACGACUCAAAUGGUGGAGGGCUUUCAGACCCAUAUCGGCCGGGGAUCACUCGACCCCUUAAACAUAUUGUGCUCCGAUUAUGACGAGUCCGACAAAUGCGACAAAUUUAAGGCCAAAUUCGUGAGGACUGCCCCCUCCAAGAGGUAUAGGACCCCAUUCCCCGCGAUUAUCGAGUAUAUGUUUCAGUUAAAUAUCGGAGAACUUCAUGAGAUUAAUACCCUGGACAAUACUAUGAAACCGCUAACCAGGAUGAUUAGAGAUAAAAAUGCUAAAUGGCCUGAGAAUGAACAACAAAAACAUGACUUUUGCAGGCACAAAUACGAUUACGUAAGCAAAGCAAAGGAGCACAUACGUCAGUGUUAUCAGGGUAUAUCAGCAUCAUUAUUAAGGUUGUCAGUGGAUGGUAUUGAAAAAAUGAAUGUUAAGAUGUCGUGUAAAAGUGAUGCAGAAAUGAAGCGCUUUUUAAACCGGAGUCGAUGUGGAAAUAGCGGCAAAAAGUCGGCCGCAGAUUGUUAUACAAAUUGGACGCAAACUCUAUCUAUGAUUCGCAACAUUAGCGACAGUACUAAACGAGUGCCCGCUUUCUCAAUAAACGAUUGGAUCCGCUGUUCACACGAUGUCUACCGUAUUAUCAGCACAAAGGUGUGUCCGAAGAGGACCGUCGACGAGUUGGACAAUUUCAUCCGGCACUCGACUGUCGACCCCUUGAAUAUCAUUUUCCAUUGCAAUGAUGAACACAAUAAGCCGGACUGUAAAGCCGUCAAAAAACUAAUACCCAGGACAUCCAAACCAUGUUCACUUGAGAAGGGAUGUAGAAUGAAACAAAUGCGAGCCGAUGUAACCGAUAGCCGAAACUACAUGAAAAAGUGCACCAAAGAUGUUGCAAAAACUCUAUUGUCGGUGACAUUGCAUUCAGUCGAGAAAAUGACAGUCAAAUCGCAAUGUAAACAGCGAACUGAGAAAAGGAGAUUUCUCUCAUUUAGUAAUUGUGGUAAUACUGGACACAAGGAGAUCGCGAAUUCCCUUAUUCAGUGGAAGAAUUGUGUACUGGCUUCAUUAAGUAAUAAACCUGAUAAUGUAUGUUCAGUGAAGGAUCUGGAAUAUAUUGAGCAGUUCAUUGAGAAAGACCCGAUGAACAUGGUUUGUGCGGAAUACGACGAUUCGGAUAAAUGCGAUAAAAUACUCAAACAAUUGCCUAAAAUAGACUCAAUUAAACUCAAAUACUCGACAUUAUUUCCGGCAAUUGUCGAGAUGUUUGAGUCACUAUAA